AUGUCUCUCGGUAAGACGGCCACCCUCAACACCGGUGCCAAGAUCCCUACUCUGGGAUACGGUACCUGGCAGUCCGCCCCUGGUGAGGUCGGUGCCGGCGUCUACGAGGCCCUCAAGGCCGGUUACCGCCACCUCGACCUGGCCAAGGUCUACCAGAACCAGAAGGAGGUUGCCCAGGGCAUCAAGCAGGCCAUUUCCGAGAUUCCUGGCCUCAAGCGUGAAGAUAUCUUCAUCACUUCCAAGCUCUGGAACAACAGCCACCACCCCAGCCGCGUCGCUGCUGCCCUCGACGACACCCUCGCCGAGCUCGAGCUCGACUACCUCGACCAUUUCCAGCUUUACCUCAUCCACUGGCCCGUCACCUUCGUCCCCAGCGACGACAGCCUCUUCCCCAAGAAGAAUGACUCCGAGGUCGAGAUUGACGACAGUGUUACUCUGACCGACACGUGGAAGGCUCUUAUUGACCUUCCCAAGUCCAAGGUCAAGGCCAUUGGUGUCUCCAACUUUGACAUUGAGCACCUCGAGACCAUUAUCAACGACACUGGCGUCGUCCCCGCCGUCAACCAGAUCGAGCGCCACCCCCGCCUUCCCGGCACCGAGCUCCUGGAGUACGCCGACAAGAAGGGCAUCCACAUCACCGGAUACUCGGCCUUUGGCAACAACACCAUUGGCGCUCCUCUCCUCAUCGCGUCGGAUGAGCUCAAGGCCAUUGCCGACCGCCUCUCCAAGGCCCAGGGCCAGGUCACACCCGCUCAAGUCAUCCUCGCCUGGUCUCAGAUUGGUGGCCGCAGUGUCAUCCCCAAGUCGGUCACGCCCUCGCGCAUCCGCAGCAACUUCCUGGAGAUUGAGAUCGACGACGAGGCCAUCAAGGCCCUCGACAAGCUUGGCGAGAACCCUCACCGUUUCAACGUCCCCGUUGGCUACAAACCCAAGUGGAGCAUCAACAUCUGGAACACCGAGGCCGAGAAGAGUGCUGCUCACAAGGUCAUCCUCCGUAAGUAG